UGUGUGCGUGCGCGCGCGUCAGGAGCAGGAAGUGUGUGCGUGCCUUUGUGCCUGAGAGUGAAUUUGUGUUGGGCAGUCGAACUGUACCAACAGCAGCACCCUUCCUUCAUUUUCCUGCGCUUGCAUUGUUAUUUCGCCUCGCCUCUGUUCUGCUCUGUGCGAUGGAUGGGUAUUGGGCAUCUGGAGAGCCUCCUGUUUCCGCCUCCUCGUGUUGCUUUACUACCAUGAGCAGUUCCACUCCAUCCACAGCUAAUGGCACUGACAGUAAAACGUAUAAAGGAGAACGAUCUCCUUGUGGCCCUUCCCGCGUCCUCCACGUCCGCAAAGUUCCCAUCGAAGUGUCUGAGGCAGAGGUCAUCUCACUAGGAGUCCCUUUCGGCAAAGUCACCAACCUGUUGAUGCUUAAAGGGAAAAACCAAGCUUUUAUAGAAAUGGCUUCUGAAGAAGCAGCAAUCACCAUGGUCAACUACUACACCACAGCUACACCCCAUGUCCGCAACCAGCCCGUCUACAUCCAGUACUCCAACCACCGUGAGCUCAAGACUGAUAAUCUGCUCAAUCAGGGGAGGGCUCAGGCUGCUCUGCAAGCUGUCAAUGCAGUGCAUUCUGGGAAUAUGAGUCUCUCUGGGACUGCGACAGCCAGUGACGGUGGAAUGAUGCCUGGACAAAGUCCUGUGCUUCGUAUCAUCGUAGAGAAUCUCUACUACCCAGUGUCUCUAGAAGUGCUACACCAGAUCUUCUCAAAAUUCGGAACGGUCCUGAAGAUCAUUACCUUCACCAAGAACAACCAGUUCCAGGCCUUGCUACAAUACGCAGAUCCAAUGAACGCACAUCACGCCAAAGUGGCUUUGGAUGGGCAGAACAUCUACAACGGCUGCUGCACUCUCCGUGUUGAAUUCUCCAAGCUGACCAGUCUGAAUGUGAAGUACAACAACGACAAGAGCAGAGACUUCACACGUCUAGACCUGCCCUCAGGGGACGGGCAGCCCACGCUGGACCCCUCCAUGCAGACCGCUUUUGGGGCUCCUGGGAUCAUUUCCUCUCCAUACCCCGGGGCGCCUGGUUUCGCUCCUGCUAUCGGUUUCCAUCAGGCAGGUCUGUCUAUGCAGGCCAUGCCUGGUGCUCUGGGACCUCUCACCAUCCCUUCAUCAGCAAUGACAGGACGGAUGACCAUCCACGGCAUGACUCCCACCACCAUCCACUCUGUGCUCCUCGUCUCCAACCUCAACCCUGAAAGCAUAUCACCACACGGGCUCUUCAUUUUAUUCGGAGUGUACGGAGAUGUUCACAGAGUCAAGAUUCUGUUCAACAAGAAAGAGAAUGCCUUAAUACAGAUGGCAGACGCCACGCAAGCCCAGCUCGCGAUGAGUCAUUUGAACGGUCAGCGUCUGUAUGGUAAGGUGAUCCGUGUGACCAUCUCCAAGCACCAGACGGUGCAGCUCCCCAGGGAGGGUCAGGAGGACCAAGGCCUGACCAAAGACUUCAGUGGGAGCCCGCUGCACCGCUUCAAAAAGCCCGGCUCCAAGAACUUCCAGAACAUCUUCCCUCCCUCCGCCACCCUGCACCUCUCAAACAUCCCUCCCUCCACUACGGAUGAUUUUCUGAAAGACCUGUUUGCCGGUUCUGGAUACACAGUCAAGGCCUUCAAGUUUUUCCAGAAAGACCGCAAGAUGGCGCUGAUCCAGCUGGGUUCGGUGGAAGAAGCCAUCCAGGCUCUUAUCGACCUCCACGACCAUGACCUUGGAGAAAACCACCAUCUGCGAGUGUCCUUCUCCAAAUCCACCAUCUAGCACCGCCUUCACUACAAACACACCCUUUCCCCAUCCUCCCCGUUCCAGCCCUUCAACCUUCAGCAGUCUGACUGUUUCGUUCAGAGAAUAAGACUGGCUGACAAACUAUAAAAAAACUAUUAUAGAUAUUCAUGGGGUAGUUUUAGAGAUUUUCAAAAGAAAAGACAAAAAAGCAAAUACGAGACUACUGCAGAACCUUUAGACAGUUUCAGAGUGAGAAUGAUUUACUCUCACGAAACCAGGGCUGAAGACACAUGGGAUAUCCAUGACAAUGUGACAUUUCUGGGAACCUCCGUGUGGAGGAAGAAGGACUUCCCCUUUAGUCGACUGGCAAGGACUUUGUUGUUGUGAAACGCAAACUAACAUGAGAACAUUCUCAAAAAAGUCAAUGCUGAGGAAGUUUCCUCACUGCACACUUGCCGAUUACAUUGGAGACUGACUCUCCUGUAGCCCAAUGGCCUUGUUACCCCAGACCUAAUGAGGGCAGAGUCUCCUCUGUGCCUCCUCCCAAAAAUAACACCUUCAUUUUCACUGGCUAUUUCAACGGAGCACCGCAUUUCCCGUGGGAUGUGUUGAACGCAUCAUCAAGGUGCUGCUGGAGAAAGAAAAUCUGUAGCGACGGUCUCAACCAAUGGGCUUGUCCUUUUUCUUCAGAGUAGCAUUAAAACAAGAGUGCUAUGGAUUCAAGAAUGAGUGCAUUUAAAAAUCGCAGCAUACAAAUCUUUUGUUUCUCAGCACUUUGAUUUGAAAUGAAGACAGGCACCGUGGGGAAUGUUUGGCAUCCUCAUAUCUGUUUACUGUGCAAAGAUGUAUAGCCAGAUGGUAGGCAUCUGUGAAUAGAUAGUGAAUGGCGUGAUUUUUUUUUUUUUCUUGUAUUAUGAAAAUUUUAUAUCAGACAGACCAGCCUUUUGUGGGCUCUCUGCACCUGCAAUGCUGUCAGAGGACAUCUGUGUGCAAUGGCGCGGUGUCAUUGUCCAGUCGAUCAGGUUCCUCUGAACCGGGGUGAACAUUUUCAAACAUGCUCGAUCAUUCCGGAAAACUUACGGCCAGCUGUCAACUUUACUGGAACGCUCCAAUCAGCAACGCCCAGCCUGAUAGUAGGCUCCGCCUCCUAAGUGAAAUUCCCAAUGUGAAUGGUAUAGCCCGUGAUCUUGAUGGGAAAUUGAUGAUUUCCUCCAUUCUGUUCCCCUUCUUGCUCUCAGUUGAGUCUUUUCCUUUCGUUCUUCUUGUUCUCCAUCUUUCCACACAGGGGCAGAAGGUCCUGUGCUCGUUACUCUGUUCUUUCACUCCUCGCCUUUGGCCAAAGGUGUGAGAGUUUCAGCCAUGGGCUCUGUAGAAACCGUAGUGAAGCUCAUUGAGUCACAGCAAAUGAAAAGAGGGUGGCACUCUCUCUUGCCUUGCAGUCCCAACUAAAUGCCUCUGCAUCUGACCAAACCAAAUAUUAAAGGAAAGAGCGAUUCAGAAUGAGUUGAAGAUGCCGCCUAGUUCCCAAACCUAGUGAGCUGCUGCAUGAAUUGCAUAAUUGCCAUGAAAGCCCAUAAGUGACUGAUCUGGAGAGCUCUAAAACGGACUAAUAGCACAGGAAACUCACCUCCAAUAGAGUCCAGGCCAGAGGUUUUCUUCUAGAGGUAGAGAUGUUCUUCUAUGCCAAUUACACAAAGACUUUGGCAUCAUUGAAAUGCUUGCAUGCUCCAAAUAUACUCCAAAACUAGCAUCUCCUUCAUUGAUUCUGUUAAAAAAAUCAAUAUAUUAUAAGUUUUGAGCAGCGUUUGAAGGAUAGCAUUGGAUUUGAUUGAUUUUAGUACAGUUAGCAUGCUGCUAAGCUAAUGAGUCUGAUCGUAGAAAUGCAUUGCACAUGUCAAUAUUGAGCUUCUGCUAUGAAUUCUUUACACUUAUUACAGUGGUAGACUGUAAACAGUAAACUGAUACCCUGUUCUACUUCUGACAUACUACAAACGUUUGCGCUACUUCCGACAACAGGACAAAUGGAUUUAGAAAUUUGACUUGUUUUCAGUAUAGACAGUCUAGACAAACAUCACUCACUGCAUAAAUGUUAAAAUACUUAGAACAUACUCAAUAUUUGCUUGUGCUAUGCAUUUCUAUACUUCAGGUAUCACAACAUUAGCCUAGCAACAUGCUAAUGUCAAGCUCUGGAAUGAGUAGAUUCAUAUGAUUGAUUCAUUUUAGGGUGUUUCGGCCUGAAGUCAAAAUAAUCCAUUUUUAAACGGGUUAAACAGAUUUAUAGAUUUUUUUUUUCAGUGAAUUAUAAGUAUAUUCCUUACCGACAUUUGCCUUGUUUCGCCCACCGUCUUGAAUGAGCUUCACAGUGCAUUCUGGGGUUGCCUUACAACGGUUACAUGCAGUGCUGCCUUAGAUUUGGCCAAAAUUGGAUAUCCUAGAAGGAUGGAACAGCCUUCGUGCCAGGAGCGCACCUGUGAUGCCUUAAAAUGUCAUUUAAAUAGGCAGCUCACUAGGUUUUGGAUCAUGGCAAUGGUGUGCAUAUACAAAAUCUGAUUCUGUAUAUGUAUAUGUAUAUGUAUGUUUAGUAAGUACUAAUGUAUAAUCACUGUUUUCAUUGGGACUGUCUGGGAUAUAUGAUGACUCUUGUGCGUACGAUGCAAGGUGCUGUUUCAUUUAGUGAAAAUCUGGCCUUAACAUUCCUAGGAGGGUCACUGUAGACCUGUUGAGUAGCAUCUAAAGGGAGCAGCUUCGAUGCCUGUGCGCUAUAUCCUCUAUCAGUGUCCAUUUGAAUCACAGUUAUGAAAUGAAUCAACAAUCUUCAUGUUCAUGCAAGGCAAGGGGUAGUGGCUUUUUUUUGUCUUUGACCGAUUUCACCUGAAGCGAUUCUAAACUUCGCUUUCACUUCUCAAAAGAAAUUGAAUUUUGUUGAAGUUUACAGUCUUACAGUCAAAACUAUUCAGGUCUAUAUAUCUUAAGGAUUGUCAAGAUUUUUUGAGAAAAAAAAAGUUACUUAUUUUUGGUAAUUUGUUCUUUUUUAUGGAAGAGAAAAACAUCAAAUUUGAAACCUCAUCGGGUUUUUCUACCACUAUAAUCAUUCAAGAAAUCAUGGUGAAAAAAAAUCAUAUUUACUGUGUAUUUACCUAAUUUCUUAUUACGUGCCUUAUUAUGUGUUCAUAAUCAAAUAGGUUUUAGAAAUUUUACCUAAAAUAUCCUAUGUACUAUUUUGUGGGAUUGGUGAGAGGGUUGAUUUAUUUUGAUCUUGAUUUGUAUUUUAAUUUUUUUGUUGUGUAGCUUAUAGAUGUACAUUUUGUGGGGACUCAGUACCAUGUGGUCUUAAUAUGAAAUGAGAUGUAAGUUAUGAUGUAUGGUGCUGUGAAUGCUCUUAUUAGAAAAAUGAACGGUGAACUCAGCAAUGUUCAGAGCAUGCUGUGGGUCUCUAUUCUCCCUCGCUGAUGAUUGUGUGUGUGUGUGUGUGUGUGUGUGUGUGUACAUAUGUAUGCUAGACCCGCGUACCAUUGUUACAUAAAGCCUCUCUAGGCCACAAUUAUGUUCCUCCCAUCUCUGAUAUAAAUAUUUUGCGCUCAGAGAUGGAGGUUGCUGUAAGCUUGCGUAUUGUUCUUAUUAAAUAGUAUGAAUUUAUGAGCUGUUAUGAGCACAUCUGUGAAGUUUCUGUUCUUUUCUAUGUGAUCACACUUUUUCGCCAAGCGAAUUGUUAAAACAAGGGCAAGAAAAAUUCUGUGACUUUCAUUAAAGGAGCCACCCAAAUCAUAUCUAGAGUAGUGGUCGACUGAUAUAUAUCACCAAGGUGUAUCACCAAUUCUGUUUACCCAAUAUAUCAGAAGUGGGACUUUUAUUUUGACGGCGCAGGACAUUUAUUCUGGCAGCGCCCGUUCUCCAUCUUCAUUAGUUUACCGUCUCUGUUUAACAGUUUUGACUAAUAAAUUAGUACACAGAACUAUACUAAAAAGUAUUGUAAAACUAUAGUAAUACUUUUUUUUUUCUACCGUCAUCAAAUGCGCGUGCAAUUUAAUCAAAAGACUUUGAAUAUGUAGUAAAUUUGACUUGCAAACUUUACCUUCUAAUUAAAUCUAUUAAUUUCAUUAAGUUCAACUAUUUUUUAUUUAUUUAUACAUUUUUCAAAUUCUAACAUUCAGUAAAUAUUAUGUAAAAUAAAUAUGCAUUUCAUUUAUGUGUGCAUGUGUUUUUACGAUCUUUAUAUGAAACAGUGUGAUAUAUCAUAUUUAUAUCGGCCACCUUGCUCUCUAAUUAAUCAAAAUCGAUCGACCACUAAUCUAGAGACUCGGAGGUGGGUCCUUUUUACUUUGGACCAGUAAGUAACCGCCUAGCAACCAUCACAACACCCUAGCAACCGCAUAGCAAUGCAUUAAAGCCACUCUGAACAUCUUCGCAACCAUAUAGCAACAUUCUGGCAACCUCCCACAAACCAUAAUGUAAUGCCGGCGAGUUUUUCAUGAGAAUGACCGCUCAGAAAUCAAUAUCUGCCAAUGUGGACUGUAUCAUAUACUGUGUGAUCUGCUUGGUAUCAUCUCUUAUCGUCUGAAUGUGCCUCAGAACGAGUGCGCAGAGACCCAGAAGCCCACAGCAUUCGCUCUGAGUGUUCAGGUCUGCCUUCCAGUGAUGCUGAUGUCUGAGACCUCCGCCUGUGUGUUUUGGAGUUGUGUCUUAUUUACUGUAUCUUAUUAUUGAUUUAUUUUAGGGGUUUAGGCCUGUUUCGUUCUUGCUCUUUUGUGAUACUUUUUGCUCUUUUUUUUGGGGGGGGGGUUGAUUUUCUUUAUUAAGAGUGUGAAAACUGGUUCAAGAUUGUUGUCUGUCACUCUGCCUCUUUACAAAAGCAGAUCUGGGUCUGUAAAUCCACCGAUGUGUGCGAACGGGAACGAGGGCGAUCGCUAGAGGUCAGGGCCGUCAGAAGCGCUCGGAAAGGCGAAAUAUACGCAGCCGCGCAAGCAGAAAGUCGAUCUGCUUCCAAGAGCUGCGAUGCUUUUUAUUUAUCAACAGGAGAAAAGCCAGACUCCAUAAACGUGUCCGCGAAGUCGCAAGAAGUCACUUGUUUUUGUUUCUCGAAGCGAAACAUUUUCCAACCACGUCUUGACUCAGGCAACAACGUUCCUCUGUGCUGUAAGACAUUUUCUCAUCGAUAUCCGCGCUCACUCACACACGUGUAUGUUUUUGUUUCAGGUUUUUUUUUACUGAAAAAGUCACAAAUAAUGCAGGACCAAAGUUUAUGUGCCUUUCAUCUAGCUUAUUUGUAACUUAUUUCCUGGCUGUAUAUCAGAAACCAACAAACGUCUUGUAUUUCUCACUCUCGAUCGUGUUACGAGUCUGUUCUGUUCGUUUCCCCCAGAAAGGUCAAGCCAUAUCCUUUCCCCCGUCAAACCAGAUUCUGAAUGUGUUACCAGGCCCUCAUGGAUUCAUUCGAACCGCCUUACACUUUCAGUAUUUCAUGAACAGCUCACCACAAUCUGUAAAACAGAAAAGCGGUUACACUUGUUGCUUAUAUCGUCAUCGAUUCCAUUAAAAAGCUUUACUCUAAAACGUACGAGACCAUAACGACAAACUAACCACUGAAACCAAAGGACUGGAUUGAAUUGAAAUCGAUUGAAUCGCUUUAUUACAAUGCAAUUGACCCUUACGAUCUAAACAAUUUCAAUUUCAGCCAUGAUGUUUUCUAUUUUCUUCUCGCGACUAAAUUUAUGGGCUUUUAUUAUGAAAAUUGCCUGGUGUCAUUUGCAUAAAAGGGAGGGGCUAGACUAAAUUAGCGUACUGAGGUGUCGCUCAAGCACAGCGCACACACAGAAGUGCCUGAGUCGAUCUCAGGAUGCUUCGACACGCAAUGAAAUACCUAAUUUAUAGUUAUUAUGAAUGUUUCACUACCAAACGGAAACAAAUGCUGUAUAUAUAUGUUCCCUUAUUAUUUUAUUGUUAACCUGGCCAAAAAAAUGUUUAAAAUGGUUUCGGGGAACAAGAUACACACACACACACACACACACCAAUAUGAACUGGUUUUUAUAUUUAUGGAAAUUAACAUAAGAACACAGUUUGUCUUCUGUAUUUUGAUAUCAUACCAGUACCAGCUUUCAUUUGUAAAGCCGUUUGUGUGACUUGUGGGAAUUGGGGAGAGAGAUGAGCGUAUCCAGUUUAUGAGUUUGAUGUAAUAAAUGCAAAUAGAAGAUAAACUAUUAAAGAAACAUAUUUUCUAA